GACGACGCGGGGCAGAACAAAACAACCGCUUCCUCCUGCCACCCCGCUCUGCACCGCAGCAGCGGCGCGCCGUGCUGGAGCCGCUUUUUUGACCGCUUCCGACGGACCCACCACCCAGCAGCGCAAGCACCACACGCUAGCGGUAGCGUCCUUCCUUGGGAGGAGCCGUGGUACUACUACCAUACCAUACCACCACCACCACUACCACCACUGGAGGCCGCUGUACCGCUACGCCACUCCCCCACUCCUCACUGCCCCGCUACCGCUCCACGGGCUCGCAUUGUGGCUCUGGUUUGAGGUCUCGGGAGGAGGAGGAGGAGGAGCGCGCGUGAUCUGAGGCGGGGCGGAGGGGCGCGGGAGAGAUGGCCGGAGGCGGGGGCGGGGGCGGGGGCGGGGGCCAGAAGCAGGACGACAUGGCGCCGCACCCCGUCAAGGACCAGCUGCCCGGGGUCUCCUACUGCAUCACCAGCCCUCCUCCGUGGCCGGAGGCCAUUCUUCUUGGCUUUCAGCAUUAUCUGGUCAUGCUUGGAACUACUGUUAUCAUACCUACUGCACUUGUUCCACAGAUGGGAGGGAACAAUGAGGACAAGGCAGUUGUUAUCCAGACAUUGCUGUUUGUGGCUGGAAUCAACACCCUUCUACAGAGUUUCUUUGGUACCCGAUUGCCUGCGGUGAUUGGUGGAUCAUACACCUUUGUUCUGCCUACCAUUUCGAUCAUACUCGCAGGGCGCUACACGAACGAACCAGACCCGCACACUAAAUUCCUCAAAAUCAUGCGUGGAACGCAAGGUGCUUUGAUCGUUGCUUCUGCACUACAGAUCAUAGUUGGCUUCAGUGGCCUUUGGCGCAAUGUUGCAAGAUAUCUCAGUCCACUGUCAGCUGCUCCUUUGAUAGCGUUAGUUGGCUUUGGACUGUAUGAGCUGGGUUUUCCAUCGGUUGCUAAAUGUGUUGAGAUUGGUCUGCCUGAACUAAUCCUUUUGGUGAUAUUCGCCAUGUACCUGCCGCAUACCAUCCACAUGAUGAAGUCGAUCUUCGACCGUUUUGCUGUUCUCUUCACUAUUCCCAUAGUGUGGCUCUAUGCAUAUCUUCUGACGGUUGGAGGAGCUUACAGGAAUGUAUCACCAAAGACCCAAUUUCAUUGCCGCACUGACCGCUCUGGACUAAUUGGUGGUGCUCCCUGGAUAAGAGUGCCAUAUCCUUUUCAGUGGGGUGCUCCCACUUUUGAUGCCGGCGAAGCAUUUGCAAUGAUGGCUGCAUCAUUUGUUGCUCUUGUGGAGUCCACUGGUUCCUUCAUUGCUGUUUCAAGAUUUGCAAGCGCCACACCUCUCCCACCCUCUGUACUUAGCCGUGGUGUUGGCUGGCAGGGCGUUGGUAUUCUUUUGGAUGGCCUGUUUGGAACUGGAAAUGGAUCUUCUGUAUCAAUUGAAAAUGCUGGGUUGUUGGCCUUGACGCGUGUUGGUAGCCGAAGAGUAGUGCAGAUAUCAGCUGGUUUUAUGAUAUUCUUCUCUAUCCUUGGAAAAUUUGGAGCUGUCUUUGCAUCAAUACCUGCACCCAUCUUUGCAGCUCUCUACUGCGUCUUCUUUGCAUACGUUGGUUCUGCUGGGCUUGGCUUCCUUCAGUUCUGCAACCUGAAUAGCUUCAGGACAAAGUUCAUCCUUGGGUUCUCAGUGUUCAUGGGCUUUUCAGUUCCACAGUACUUCAACGAGUACACCUCGGUCGCUGGAUUCGGCCCUGUACACACGCGCGCAAGAUGGUUCAAUGACAUGGUGAACGUGCUGUUCUCGUCCAAGGCUUUCGUUGGUGGCAUUGUUGCAUACGUGCUGGACAACACGCUACACAGGCACGACGGCGCUGUCAGGAAAGACCGCGGAUACCACUGGUGGGAUAAGUUCCGGUCGUACCGGACCGACACAAGGAGCGAGGAGUUCUACUCCCUGCCGUUCAACCUCAACAAGUUCUUCCCGUCCGUUUGAGCAAAGCUGUGAUUAAUGCAAGACACCAAGGUUACCUGUACUAUCAGUCUCUUCCCCGAGUUCUCUGAAAAUGGCAAGCUGUUGGGCUGAACUUGUCUUGGUGCAGGGAAAUCCUAUGCCCUUAAUCAGGGUCCAAACCCCUAUUGGUAUAAUCGGAGUUUUGGUGUCUCGCUCGAACUAUGUUCCUUAUGUUAGGUUACCUCUGUAUAUUUGAUACCCUAUUGGGGGCAACGACUAGGAAGUUUUGCUACUCGUUUGCAUAUGGGAAGGGUACGUUAGUUCUUAGUUCUUACCUCUAGUAGUUUAUCUCGUUCUGAAACGUGGUCACUCUAUUGACUGCCAUUGUGGUGCUACUACUUAGCAGUGAAGCUAGAUUCUGUAUGUAGGCUUUUAUCAGAACAAUCAAAUGGUGUUCUACCGGUUAUACCAUGUAUCAGUGGAUUUGUGGUAUGACUAGCAGUAAUGUUGUUGGGCGGUGAAA